AUGGCGCAGCCAUUCCCUGCCCAUCAAGGCAUCCCACAACAUCCUGGCCUUCCUCCGGGUCAUCCAUUGGCAGCUAGCCAACAUCCGAAUGCGCAUCCUGGUGCUGGAAUGGUUCAACAGGUUCAUCCGGGUGUGUCAGCACCAGCUGGACCUCAAGUCACUCAAGGUGGCCCGAUGAUGGGCGGAAUGCCUCCUGGAGCAGGGACAACUGCUCCUGGAGGCCCUGUUCAGGCACAUGCACUGUCACACUUGGGACCUGCCCAAGCCCAUUUGUUUCAACAACCACAUUUCGCUCAGAAUUUUGCCAAUAACCCUCAACUUCUACACCAACACCAACAACAGCAAAUGAUCAGACAACGGAUGAUGUACCAGCAGCAACAGCAGCAGCAGCAGCAGCAGCAGCAACAACAACAACAACAACAACAACAGCAGCACCAGCACCAGCACCAGCACCAGCAGCAACAACAACAGCAGCCACAGCAUGGUGGGCUUCCUGUCUCUUUACCAAAUGGCACUCAAGGACUCAAUGCGGCCCAAAUCGCAGCCAUGCAAGGAAAUUCUGGGAUGCGACCGGUGAAUUUGCAAAUGCAACUUCAGCAGAUGCCUCACGGACAGCCUCAAAACAUCCCCCAACAACAUAUUUUUGCGAUGCAACAGGCUCAGCAGGCUCAGCAAGCCCAACAGGUCCAGCAGGUCCAACAGGCCCAGCAAGCCCAGCAAGCCCAGCAAGCUCAACAAGCCCAUCAGGCCCAGCAGGUUCAACAGUCCAAUGCCGCAGGGCAGCCAGGACAACACACACCGCAACAGCGAGCAUCAGCCCAACCGCAAAGUGUGCAUGAUGCGCAGAGCGUCACUCCCCAACCUCAGCCCGGCCCACUACCUCAUCAGGGAAGUAGCACACCCCAGUCGAACCCUCCGCAGCCUCCUUCCUCCCAGCCACCUCCUCAGCAACCUGUUGCUCCUCAGCCGCAGCCAACCCCGAAUCCACCACCGCAGCAAUUGCCUCAAUCCCAGCAACCAGGCCAACAACCGCUGCCACCGCAGACCUCACAAUCGCAGCCACAACAGCAGCAGGUCCAGCAAGGCCAGCAGGGUCAACAGGGCCAGCAGCAGGGACAACAACAGCAACAACCAAUGACGGCUCAGGAAGCGCAACUAAAGGCCCAGCAGCAGCAACAACAAAAUAAUGCUGCUAUGAUAAUGCAGCAACGCAUGGGCAUGAAAGGUGCAACAAUACUAUGUCUCCAUACUUUCGCAGAGAAUCUAAGUAAUUUCAGUAGCCGCGGUGAAGCAUUCGAUCUACCGUACUGGCAAGCAUUUGUGGAGAGAUUUUAUUCUCCUGGCGGUGUCUUGCGACAGGGCGUAUAUAACCCACAGGCCGGCUCCAAGCAAUUCGAGAUUGCGACUCCGGCCCUAGCCCGCUAUUACUUAACGCAGUUCACUAGCGGGAUCCGUCAGAUUCAGAUGGUUGUUGAGGGCGCACGCGAACGGGACUCGGCAAAUGGAGGUCACAUUGUUGAAAGCACAAAAACAUCAUUUAUCUAUUGGUUUUCUAACGAUACCCAGCUUUUCACUACUGGCUCAUUGAGAGCCCACUUUGACAUGAGUAAUAAGAUUGAAAUGCUCGACAUUAUAGUUAUGAAUCACACUGAGUAUAUUCCUCGGAGCCAACUCCAGGCAUUGGGAUCUCCAGAUGUGAAACAGAGUCCGAAAGUUUCUAAAAAUAUGAGCAAGCGGGGCCAGCAAAAACAACCUCAGCAGCCUCAAAUUGUGCUGCCCGAGUCAAUGGUAACACCGAAUGGCGUUCCUACCGCUGUGAUGAGUUUCUUGGAGGUGGCGGAGACCAUUUCACAAAUGCAAAUGUUGUUUCAGUUUUCUCAGCAGAACCCGCAGCUUUCUCCACCAGAUGCACUUCGGAACCUUGUCAACACGCUGCAAAUGCAGAAUCCCGGGUUCAUGCCGAGUCCUAUGAAUCCGGCAAUGCAACAGGGCCAAAACCCGCGGGCUCCUAGUAUCAGUGGACCCAAUCAAUUUGCAUCUCCCGCUAUGGCUCACCUCGGACUGCCAAAUCAAGGAUCUCCUCACCUUAGUGGUUCAGCUCAACCGAGUCCGGCACAGAGCCAACUUGCAGGGCCUUCAGGAAUGGUGCCUCCGGGGCAGGUACAACCCAAUGUUGGUCAAGGUACAAGCGCUAGUGCCAGUCCCAACGUGAGCAAUAAACGACGACGUGCUAGUACUGUGAAGAUGGAAAAUGACGAAGCCGGGGGUGCCCCAGAGGUCAAUGGGACUACUGGCCCAGGGCCUAAAACCGUCAAAGCCAGCCCUCGAGUUGGUGGCAAGAGACAAAAAGGGUCUUCCUAA